UCACCUGUGCUCUUCUCCUCCAAGCCUUCUCUCCUCUCAGAAUCAUGAAGGUCUCUGUGGCUGCCCUCUCCAUCCUCCUGAUCAUGGCCUUCAGCUCUCUGGCAUCCUCUGCACCAUUGGGCUCUGACCCUCCCACCUCCUGCUGCUUCUCCUAUGUCAGCCAACAGUUCCCCAGAAAAUUUGUGACAGACUAUUAUGAGACCAGCAGCCUGUGUUCCCAGCCAGCUGUGGUGUUCCAGACCAAAAGAGGCCGGCAGGUGUGUGCCAACCCCAGUGAUGCCUGGGUUCAGAGCUAUGUGGAAGACCUGGAGCUAAACUGAGGGGCUCAGGAGGCUUCGAUGAGGAAUCUGAAAGGAAAAUGGACUAAGCUUAGGAAUUCCAGAGGCAGAUGCAGUUUCCCCAAACUCCAGCCUUCUGGAGAUCAUUUCCCCCAUCAUUAUUUAUUCUUUUCUGUGUGAUUGAAUUUUUGUAAAGUAGUUGGUGGCAACUUUUGGUAUUUGUUCUUGCUGUUUUCACUUCUGGAAAACAAUUGUUCCCCAUGGGAAAUUUUAUGGCAAGCUUGGCCUCUCUUCCUAAGAGUCCUUUGGGUCAUCUGCUGGAUUCCAUGAAUAUCUGUAGCAUAAAGAUUUC